CAUCGCUACCUGCACCAUGAAGCUGGCUGGUUCUCUCGUGCUGCUCUGUGCUGCUUUACUCCUGAUCCCGGGCAGAAAUUGUGACAUUUGCCCAGCUGUGAGGGACGAUGUUAACCUAUUCCUGACGGGAACCACUGACGACUACGUUGGUUAUGUGGCAAAAUUCCAAAAAAAUCAGUUAAUAUUGGACAAUGCCAGAAAGCUAAAGAACUGUGUUGAUACGAAAUUGACAAAAGAGGAUAAGGAGCACGUGCUCAGUGCGCUGAAAAAAGUGUACUCAAGCCCUUUGUGUUAAGGAAGCCAUGCUUGCCAGGAGACCCAAGAAAGCCACUUGCCUGAUUACUAAGUAGUUCUAGUAACCUGCUAUACCCAGGUGUCUGACUAGAAGAUUCCA